AUAUGGGUGCGCCCUACCAAUAUGUUGAACUACUCGGUUGGCCAUGAGAAGAGAAAGAUCUCAGCAGAAGGUGUUUAUGAUCCCAACAGGGGCAUCCUGUGCAUGGUCGGCUGCCAGGAGCACAACGGCUCGACGGACUGCCAGACACUGGUAACGGUGCAAUUCGCCUCCCUCGAUUCCAAGGCGCAAGGGCAUGGCACGGGGGUGAUCAGUAGUCUCAGAGACAAGACGGACCUCCUCUUCUUCGAGAAGGUCGAUUUCACCUCCUAUGGUAUGUACUCCUCACAAGUGUUUGAGGCCGUAUCAAGGAUGGACAUGGAGAGUGUCCUCCUGCUGGCCUCCACCACGCUGUCGUGCGUCUUCAUCAUCCUGCAGAUCCUCCACACAAAGAGGAACCCUGAGGCGGAUGCGGCGACAUCAAUCACCAUGCUCACCGUGGUCACCAUGGGGUAUCUCGCCCCUCUCGCGCUCAACUCUGAGGCCCUGUUUGCAAGCAGGACGAGCCAGUACUAUGACUUGUACUACUCCACGAGCCGGAGGCUAGAGAUGAACGAGGUCAUGAUGAGGGCGCCUACGCUGAUCGCCUUCGUGCUGCAGCUGCGCCUUCUUCAGCUGGCGUGGUCAGGCCGCCGCACAUCCACCGUGUCCGAGAGGAUCGUGUUGUGGAUAUGCCUACCAUUGUACGCUCUCGGAGGAGCCUUCGCCGCCAUAAUCCACGGGAUCAACGCCCGUGCCAUGAGCGGCGACCCGUCAAUAAUCAGCAAGGGUGAAGGGCCGGCAACAAUCUGGGAGGACCUUGUGUCGUACGCUGGGCUGAUACUGGAUGGCUUCCUCCUCCCGCAGGUCAUCAUGAACGCAUCCUUAGGAAAAUCCAGAGUUGGGGUGAUCUCACCAUGGUUCUACAUAGGGGGCACCAUGGUCCGUGUGGCGCCUCAUGUGUACGAUGUGGUCAGAGCCCAUGUCUACACGCCAAGCAUGCAUUCCUCUCACCUGUACGCGAGCGCCCGCGGCGACCUCUUCAGCAUCGUGUGGGACGUGGUUAUACCUUGCGGGGCAGUGCUGCUGGCCUUGUUGUUGUUCUUGCAGCAGCGGCUCAGAGGCACCGCGUCGCUUCCUGCGCAGAGGAGGAGAUCGGGUGGAUAUGAAAUGGUCUCUAACAUUUAACAUAAGACAGGUGAGUUCUCCUUCAAGGAAACAAAUGAUGCAGUUGUGGUUGAUGGAUAACAUGUACUCUCUUCGUCCCAAAAUAAAUUAGUGUAAAAUUAAUAUGAAGUUGUACUAAAUUAAUGACACUUAUUGUUGGAUUGAAAGCAAAGUAUGUAUCUUAUGUGUCAUGGAAGGUUUGUACAUUUGCAUUUCAAUAUGGGAUAUUACUUUUUUUUUA